AUGGCGUCUUCCUCGUUCCUUCCUGAAAAUGGGAAUUCGGUCGCUGUAAUUCUUUUUUUGAUGACGUUUUAUCCGUGUUUCACAGCUGAUUUACUAGAUCCAAGUCUUUUCAGUCAAACAUUAACCAAACUAGCUUCAGAUGGACUUGGCUUCUCUAAUUUGCAGGUAAGAUCAAGAUUCAUAGUUUGGAUGCACGUGAAGUCCUUUCAAUUCCUGUGUAUAUCAAAAACGUUUUGUGCAAGAAAAAUUUGUGUAAAUGGUUACGUCCUGCAAUGUAUUACUGCCCACCAACAGCAUUAUCUGGCGGAGAAUUUUAUGUCAUUUCUGCUGCUAAAUAAUUUAACUAAUUAAGUAGUGUUUAUAGGAUUGAAAUAGAUCAUAAAAAUAGUAGGUGUGUACCAGGCAUAUUAAAAAUUUUUGUAGAAAGAAAAAAAAAGUUGGCAUUGGCUAAAAAAUAUUUUAUUGGACGUUUCGGCUACUUAGCUGUUGUCUUCUUCAGCAGAGAUAAAAAAAUGCAAAUAUCUAACGGCGUCCUGCUUGGUAUAUGUCCACGUGUAUGAUAAAACUAAAUCUUCAAGGAAUUUUUUAGUGUAACCAUAGUCUUUAGAGUAUUUUUUAAUGGCUCUAAAAAUUCUUAAUGUUAUUUUACAUGUUUGGUAGCGUUAAGUGUUCGUUCAGAGCGUUUCUAUCUCGCAUGGAAUACCAAGCUUCAAGAAUUAGUCUUUGUCGCCACGCCGAUGACCUUUCAACAAUUUCAACACUCUCCAAAUCUAUUUGGUGACUGUAAAGCAUAUGGUGUUUGGCCAACAGAGAGUUUUCAUCCAGUGUUGCUAAGGCAUUUGUGUGUUCUUUCACGCGUGUUUUUAGUGCGUGCGAUGUUUAUUAGGUUGGCGGCCAUUGUGAAUGAAAUUAGCACGGUAGUUAUUAGCGGCGAGGGCUUUCGCUACUCGCUUAGUUUCCCGAGACACUUCGUCCUUAGCGGAAGGAUGUUCUUUGCGCGAUCCAUGAGAGUGCGCACGACCGAGUGUUUGUACUGGGGAUGGUGGUGUGAUUUGAAAACAAGGUCGGUGUUGGUAGCUUUCCUGUAGACAGGCACAGUGGUCGUGCCAUCUUCUUGUCUGGUUUUUUUAGUGUCAAGAAAGCCAGUGGAACCUUCUGAUUCUAUCUCGAUUGUAAAUUUGAUGUGAAGGUUGAUGGAAUUGAGGUGUGAAUGAAAUUCAUCUACGAGUUCCCUUUUUACACACACGUGGCUGUCAUCUACGUAUCUAAACAACCAUUUGGGAGUAACGAAAGUCCUCACCGCUAAUAAAUACCCUGCUAAUUUCACAAACAAUGGCCACCCAACCUAAUAGACAACACGAACUUAAUGAUACCAACUAGCGCGGCUUGGUUAUCCCACCUUAUGCCAAAGGAUUUUCCGAGAGAGUCACUAAAGUUCUUCAAAUUUUCAACAUCAAAGUCGCCUGUAAGCCUAUCCGCUCAAUCUCGACCGUAAUUAAAAAGCCAAACGACACGAUGGAUCGAGAGAGAGGCUUCCGGAGGAAUCGUGUACAAGCUCAAAUUUAAAGAUUGUGAUUGUGUUUACGUUGGUCAGACAUCGUGCGCACUAAAAACACGCGUGAUAGAACAACUUUUUUUUAUUCUUGUUACCGAAAUAGACCAUAGUUUUCAUACAGUUUCAUGUUCCACGAUCCAGCUCCAAUGAGCUACACAUGAUAGACAGGGUCAGUUUUUAGAAGUGCCACUAGAGAGGAGUACGUACGCAAAAACCUACGACCGGUCACGUUUGCUACAGAUUUCCUUCGCUCCACUCAAUAAACACUGUGCAAUCAUAAAGAUAUCAAAUAUUGACAGGGAAGCUGUGGUGUUGAGUUCUUUACAGCACUCUGUUCAGUUAGCAUCCACGCUUCUGGAAUUUCUAGUCCACUAUCCCUGUUGAUGUUGCUAGGGUGAAGUCUUAUAUAAAUUGCCUCUUUUACGCUGCGCGGGUAGUAAUAAGGAUCACGAUCAAUCCAGAUGGCGUAGUUUACGGGAUUCCCUGUAAAUGCGGCAAGGUGUACGUCUGAGAGACUGGAAGAGCUAUGCAAGACAGAAUUAAGGAGCACGAUCGAGACAUUCGACUCGCCCGUACUGAGACCUCCGCCGUUUCAGAGCAUGCCCGCAACACUGGACACAAGCCACUCUGGAACGAAGUAAAGUUUAUUGAUCGUGACCCUUAUUACUACACGCGCAGGGGCAAAGAGGCAAUUCAUAUAAGAUCUCACCCUAACAACAUCAACAGGGAUAGUGGAAUGGAAAUUCCAGAAGCGUGGAUGCCCACGAUCAAAAAACGCAACAACAGGAGGGCAGUGCGACAGCGGACCGCCGAGGGACCAAAUCACUGAGUGAACAGCAAGUAUCGAAAUGCACCAAUCAGAGCUGUUGUAAAAACAACUAAUCACAGCAGAACAUCCUGCUUUAGAAGAUCACGCAUGACCAGUCGACCUGGUCGUCUGAAGAAGACUAUCAGUAUGCAGUCGAAACGUCGCGUCUACAUCACACGUGACUACAUCGUGAGACAAACCAAAAAAUUAGCUUUUAUUAUAAGCAAAUAAUAAAUAAUUUUCAUCUUCAUACCCGUUUAAGUCCUUCUUGCUAAAUCCCAAUCUCAAAAUCUAUCUCUUCCACCAACCAUCUCAAUCUCAUUUUAAACGCACCAGUUCAACUGACAGUACACCGGUUACAUGAAAAGAGUCGUCACGUCAGUUGUUUGCUUCUUUUACAAAUCCUAGUUUAUCUCUUCUUUUAUCUAUUUCUUCUUGUAAAUCUUGAUUAUCUCUUAUCCAGGAGCAUUUUGACAGGUUAAAGUUUACAGAGACAGUCGUGGAUGGCAGUCAACUUAUCCCCAAUCUGGCAGCAAGUGUCUCAAACAAAUUCAGAGACAGGUUUCACGUUGUACAAAGGCUUAAAACAGCUGUUGAGUCCUCCUGGCCCACACCUCCCUCAUCAAUCCCGACAGAAUGCUGUCGAGUGUCAAGUUCAUCUAAAAAUGCAGAAUAUGACUCCAGAUUUCGAAAGCGAAUCGACAUAUCAAGUGCGUGCGUAAAAGUAUCUCAAAAUGCUCCCCCAUCACCUAAACAUGUCGCCAAUUCAGUCGUGGAGGAGAUGAAAAAUAUUUUGCAAGAUAAUCCUUUCAUCAAGUGGCAAUAUUUUGCAUCAGGAGAAGGCACGUUGGCUAAUUACCCUGUAUUUGAGGAUACGGAAGAUUGCAGAUCUUAUGAUCCUCGUUUAAGGCCAUUUUACGUAGAAACGGCCACCCCGAAGCCAAAGGAUGUUAUUCUUGUUCUCGACACCAGUGGAUCGAUGAGAGGAAGCCGGCUAACGAUCGCUAAGGAAGCUGCUAAAACCUUUUUAAGCACAAUGAAUCCAAGAGACAGGGUGAGUAGGAAUAAAAGUUUGUGUGUACAAGUGCUAAGCCUUUUGCAACCGUUGGAUAAUCCUAUUCUACAACAGAAAUAAAAGGAAAAUGUAUUUUUACAUAUUAUUAGACUCCUCGUCCCCUUUAACCCUCAUAAAGCAUAUACUAAUGCAUUGAAUAAAUGACUUAUUAAAUUAAUGAUCAGUUGAUUCGCCUAACUAUUGAAUGAGUUGUCAACAACUAAAACACCGUGAUUUGCCAACGCUAUGUUUGCAUGUUAACUACGUAGCUGACUUAACGAUUGACCCAACUACUUACCACCGCCUGACCACAUGUAAUUACUCACUCACUGUCUUAUAGAAUGCUUUGAAGAAAAUAUUAUCUGCUCUUCUUUACUCUAGAUCGGAAUGGUAAGCUUCAGUGGUGAAGCAGCCACACCAACAGGGUACAGAGAUGAUGGGCGUGACUGCCACAGCGAACGUUUAGCAGAUGCCACACCAAUCAAUAUAAAAUACAUGGACAGCUAUGUUGAUUCACUGUCUUCUGGAGGUAAAAAUCAACUAGCAUUCUUUUUCAUGUCAUUAGUAGUCUCUGACUGUGAUCCUCUUGACAUGUUCACUGAUUACCCAAGCAAAGUCGACAAAAUGAGAAUUUUAAGUUUUGUAGGUACGAUGUUGAGUUAUGCCAAAUUUAGCUUGAUCUGAGACAAUUCAGUAGUUUGCAGCCUUUCUCAUCCAUGUGUAAAGUUAAAGAAAGCGUCUAAGGCUCUUCACAAAACUAAUAAUAAUCACAAUCUUGUCGUUAUUUAAUACAGGAAGCACGCAAUACUCCAAAGCUUUCCACUCAGCCUUCAAUCUGCUGAAAAGUACCUCCACUGGAAGAGAAGCCUCAAGGACCAAAGUCAUAAUCUUUCUAACGGAUGGUGAGCCAACCGAUGAACCAACGGAAAUCAUGCAAACAAUACAAACAAAGAACGCAGAGCUUAAUAACAAGGUGGUGAUAAUGACGUAUGGGAUGGAACAGGACUUACAAAUCCUUCGAGAUAUUGCUUAUCAAGACGGUGGACGAUAUGGAGUAUCGCAAGCUACUGACGUUACUGUAAGUACAACCACCCUAUCCACGACCCUGUCACGGACGCGGAAUGAAGAAAACUCCAGGCUACCCAUUAGGAUCCGAACCUAAACCUUCCAAUUUCUUAAUCGAAAGAUCUUAGCCGUGGUGAAUUUUCACGAGCUUGGCAUCAUUGUCACGUGGACAUAUGGGAGCCUAAUGUAUCAGUUGCACUUGAGAAGACCUCAUUAGUCGUUCAAAGUGGGUUGAAGUUAAACUUCUAACUACUUUCCUUUUAUUAUAGGAAGGAAAAUUUACUUACGUAGGAAACACAGAAAAUUUGCAAAGAGAUUUGGCAACGUAUUACGAUUUCUUCUCUGAAAACGUAGUGCGCGAUGCACCAAUCAUAUCCAUUCCGUAUAUUGAUGCUUUUGGCACGGGUAAGAGUCGAGUAUUAUUGUAGCUGUUAAAAUAACGAGUUGCAACUGUUUUUGGUAUGUUAAACUUAUACAAUAAUUAAUGAAGGGCUAUUCCAUCAAUUAAAUGUGUAAUCGUGAGGAUACAAGCCGAUCAAAAGGUUUGAUGUGGUCGACUGCUGCCGCAAAAAUGGUCUCGAGGUGAUUCAGUCAGCCCCUUCUAGUUAUGACUUUUAACCUAGUUAUGCGUUUUUUUAUCAUUUGUUUCUUGAAAUUGCUCAGCCCUGCUAACCUCUGUUCAUUUCGAUUCUCCUUCAACGCAAGAGAUCAAAUUUCCUCUCUCGAAGCUUACUUGGUGGGAAAUCAUUUUCUGCGAGACAAAAUGAACACUAAGAUCAUUACAGCAAAGUCGUCCAAGACCAUGUAUGUGGAGGAGUGUGUGGGGCUAGUUAACCAUUGAACUUGUAUAUCUAUCUUUACAGGUCUGCUAACUUCCAUAACACUCCCGUGUUAUUACCAAGGGAAAUUCAUCGGUGUUGUUGGUACCGAUAUUAGCAUGGAAGACCUUCUAUCGGAAAUCACAUAUUUUCAGAGAGGUCAAUCAAGGUACGCUUUCAUGGUGGACAGUUCUGGGAAGACCAUGAUGCACCCUCUUUUACCAGCCUCUUCAGAUGCAUUCGGUGACCCCAUUUUCAUGGAUAUAACAGCUUUAGAACCUGAAUCCGAAUUUACCUCAGUGUUUCUAUCAAUCAAAAGGUAAUGGGUUGGGCUCAAAAACCAUUGUAGCUUAGCUAUUGAACGCAAAAGGUAACUAAGAAUAACGAAAUUGCUUAUGUUUCAAUGUUACUUCUUUAUUAGGCAAAGGAAAAUUGAAGUUUAGUUUGUAGUUUCGAUGUAUUUGCUCUGGAUCGAUUCAAAACAACGAUGAAAAAAGAGAUGUACAGGAAAUCUCGUCCGAGUAGAGGUUCUUUGAAUUCGAUUUAUUUUAUGAUAGAAACAAAGAUCUUAUGUAGUUCGAACGAAACACCCAUUAACAAGUUGAACGUAAAUCAAUUAAACGAUUUCAUUUUAUCUUUUCCAAGUGGUAAAUCUGGACAGAAAACAUUUCCAUCAAAGCGUUUCCUGGCUCGUGGUGGACAAGUAGAGGAAGGAGUAACAGUUGCAACUUAUCGGUCGACCUAUUUCUGGGAACCAGUUCAGCACACUAAUUUUAUUGUUGCGAUUGUUGUUAAAGAUGGCGAUAAGGAUGAAACACUGGACACUCAGACUAUUCCGUCUGGUAAACCAAAGCAUCAUUGGAAAAGAUGCAAAUUAUCAGAGAGAUAUUGACCGACUUUAUGUUUCCCCGUUAACGACUGACCUUAUAGAUCCUUAAAAUGCAACCUUAUUUUUUGAUUGAAUUCCUUUACGUACAUGUUUGUAGUACCUUUAAAUAUUGUGCGCUUUUCUACGCAGAUUUUGAAUUCUUAUACCAUCGCUUGGACUUGGUGAAGCCGGAUUCGUCAUGCGUUCACUUUUCAAGAUAUGCAGCAAAAGGUUUUUAAGCCCCCCGCCCUUCCCCACUCAUGAAAUGUUAUCGUCGUCAUUGCUAUUUAUGCUCAAUGAUUUUUAAAAGAUAUCGCGACUCUUAAAUGUUGCAUCAUAUUAUAGAGCAAUAUCACAACCCUUAUUAUUGUCGCAGAUUCAACUGUGGUAAAGUUUAGUGCAGAAGCCUUCACAGAUCCAUACAAAUACCUUGGACUGGAUGAGUCAGUAUCUAAAGUAAAUGCUUACGAAAGGUUUAUGAAAAGCGCAAGAGCAAUCAACCUCGGAUUUAAAAGUGGCAUACGUAAUACAGUCUUAGCUACCAAGAAGGUAGAAGAUAUUUGGUUUCGAAAAAAAUCGGAGUACACUAAAUAUCUUGUUUGGAGAUAUGUUGGCACAGCCAAUGGUGUUUUCAGAAUGACACCUGGAACUUUGCUGGUCAAAUCUUACGAUCCGAGGAAAAGACCAUGGUAAGUAGUAUAAGGUUAUAAAAUUUAUAUUGGGAGUAUGUUUCACAUUCUUCCAUGGUUUUUUAACUUUAAAAAGUAUCCUAGGAGCCAACAAAGCUUUGUCGUCCAUCGUUUGUGUAGACAUCAUUAGUUCACAAACAGAAAUGUAUGAUAAUCUACUCGAAAGUCCCACAUACCUAUCUCAUUGGGCGAUUAAGCUUUAGUUACCACAUGAUAUGUCGCAUUAUCAUUUCAUCUUUUGUCAUUUUUAAGGUAUCACGCCGCUCUCAGCAAUACGGGGUCAGUUGCCCUCUCCACGCCCUAUAUAGACGCCUUCGGUGCAGGAGUGGUGAUAACUGCAGCCCACACCCUCUACCGCGGUGAGACAAACAGCCAGCAUAGUACAAGUGAUCAGGUUAUUGGAGUCAUGGGCGCAGAUUUUCCCCUAUCAUACUUCCAAAAGUAAGUGUAUCAUAUUUUGUAGACCGCACUUCUAUUACAUAGCUAUCAUAUCUUUGUGUCUAUUUUACUCUGUGAAAAACAGAUCAUUCUAUUCGUAUUCCAACCAUAGAUACUUAAAGUACUGAGGUGAGUUCCUUUCUAGGCUAAAACCGUUUAAACCGAGGUUGUCUUGUUCUAGUUUUUGCCUUAAUAAUAACUAAAUACUUUUGUUUCAGACUCCUAACAGAUACAUACCCAAAGUGUGAGGAGAGCAGCUAUGAUUGUUUUGUUUUGGACAGAGCUGGAUUCCUAAUCAUGCACAAUGAUUUCCUACAGCCAGAUAUAACAGCUAAAACUCUGGAGUAUGUCCACAUCACAGAAAAAGAGAAAGACAUCUCCGAAGAUCUGAUACAAAAAGGUUAUCUGGUGAAGAAGGAAUGUCGAAAUUUGGAGACAAAUUGGCUUGCAGAGCUUUUACGAGCUAAAGCUUCCAUUUCAAGGAGUAAGUACUCUUGAGAAUGGACAACGUUGCAAGAAGUAUGAGCUCUUGAAAGUUGAUGGAAGUAAUGCCUUUUUGGGUAAGAGAGAUGGGAAAAGUCUGAUAGGUGUGUUACAAUAGCAAAUAUAUUUAAUUUACGCUGAGAAUGUUUCUUUUCUCUUUUACAUCAUCAGGAAUCAUAUCAAGGGAGGGCUCGUGUUCAUCCAAGACUUGCAGCUGCUCCAGUAACAAAGAAUGUUCCAACGUGAAGGAAUUGACUUGCGAAUGCCCUUGUUCCUCACGACUUGAAUUUCAUUACUGUAGGAGUGAAUUUCCAGCCAGCAAGUAAGCUUAUCAUAAUGUGAAAAGUUGAUAGCACCGGGUUUCGUAUGUAAGCUUAACAAGCUUAACAGCUUUAUUUUCUUGCAGUAUUUCCAUUUGUCCCGUGCCAGCGACUGUUGUUCUCUCUGAGCGAGUAAAUGAUCCUUCAGUAAAUGGCUUAGGGAAAUGUUUCGACCCACAAUGUGACAAGAAGCCUGAUUCAGAGUCAUGUGACGGAGUCGUAGGCUGCUAUUAGUGCGUUAGAGAUAAGUUCAAUACUCCUCUUUCCAAGGAAUACUGCGCAGAUAUCAAUACCUGCUAUGGUGGCACACAAGGUAUGUCUUAAACUGUUUAUUCGAAGACACUUUUUCCUGAAGUGUGCAUCAAUAAUGUAUGUACUUUAUUGUUCAUUCUGCAGGCACAAGAGCCCCAGGAAGCGGUAAUAUUCCAACCAACCCCACCAAUCCAGAAGAUGACGACGAUAAGGGUGGUCUCUCGGCAGGUGCCAUUGUCGGUAUCGUUCUGUGGUCGCUCGCUGCUGUCAUUGUGCUUGCUUUCAUCUUUGUUAAAUGUAACAGAGAAAGUACUCCAAAAACGGUUGCAGCCUUGGCUCCGACUCCAGCAGUGGAAUACAAUGCACCGCCGCCUACCACCCAUCCACCAGAAUGCGCAUACCGACCUGAGCCUAUUUUUCCUGUGCAUAGCUCCCAGUUAUGAUCAGGCAAUGUCAUCUUUUCCUACCGCUUCUGCACCGCCCUAAAAACGUUCUUAUAGGAGUGUGCGUUAGCGUUUACUAGGUUAUAUGAAAUUAAGGAGAGCUUGGUAAUGCAUUCACUUUACCAGGAGUGGUCCGUAAACGAAAGGAUGAUGCAAUGACACUAUAAUACGUUCUGCCAGAUAAGAGACGAUCCGACCUCUACUAUUCUGACACAGAUCCUGCUCUUAAUCUGAUGCCGGUGGUGCUUCUAUAUUAUAUCAUACGCUCAAAAAAUUUUAGUCGAGUCUUGUCAAAUCGAACCUAUUAAAGGCACACG